AUGCUCCACAUCGAUUUAGAACAAGGAACGAUCGGAGAUCGAAGGCUAUCGUUUGCCGAGAGUGACGUGAGCGAGUGUUUCACCGGCUGUGAAGAUGACGAUUCAUGCUUCGACUCAAAUACGUUCGAAUCUUGCGACGAGUGCUCGAGGAGUCAUGUGUCUUCGGUGAGUAAGUCAGAGGAGAGAGUGUGUAGGGUUUGCCAACUUGAGGUUGGAUCGCACGGUCAGGAUUUGAUUGAGUUGGGAUGCUCGUGUAAGGGAGAUUUGGCGUUUGCUCAUCGACAAUGUGCUGAGACUUGGUUUAAACUCAAAGGCGACGAAAUAUGUGAAAUUUGCCAGUUGUUGGCGAGGAACGUGGCCGGAGGGAACGAGAUGAUAGAGGAGGAAUGGGAAGAGGGAGAAGGAGAUGCCGCGGUGGCAGAAGACAGAGAGAGCUGGUGGCAGCGGCGGUCGGUGAUGAGCAUUGUGAUAAUUUGUUGGCUCUUAGCGUUUAUCAUGUACUUCUUGCAAUGCAAAUUUAAGCUUUUCUCCGAUGACUAA